UGGCACAUUCUUCGUAAUCAGAUCAUCGAGGGGUUAUUUUGGCUUCUUAUUUCCCAACAACGAAUCAAACAUGGUUCUGAGUUUCUACCCAUUGGUGCAGAGGCACCAACAGCAAUCAUGAUGAUGGCUAUGUACUUAGGGUUAGCCAAGGGAAUGGGGUGGUGCGAUUGGGAUGCAUGUGCUAAAGGCCAAACGCCAAAAGCUUGGGUUUGGAACUUAUACAAACACAAGGGAAUCAUGACCUUCAAACCUGAGGUGGUUUUGUACUUGGGAGAUCUCGGGGCACUAUUUAUUGCGAGAGAUCAAACAUACGAACCAACUUCUUCAUGCUUUGUCAUCAAUGGCAGAUCUUAA